CCUCCCCGCAGCCCCAAACCUCUGCUCCUCUGCCGCGCGCGUCCCCCAUGUUUCUCCGAGCCCGCUCGGCAGCUCUCGUUCCGCUUCUCCGCACCCUUCGGCCUGUUCCUGUUGCGGCCAUGAGCACCGGCACUUUCGUUGUGUCGCAGCCGCUCAAUUACCGCGGCGGGGCCCGCGUGGAGCCGGCGGACGCCUCGGGCACCGAGAAGGCGUUCGAGCCCGCAACCGGCCGAGUGAUAGCCACUUUCACGUGCUCGGGAGAGAAGGAAGUAAAUUUGGCUGUCGCAGAUGCAAAAGCUGCCUUUAAAAUAUGGAGGCAGAAAUCCGGCAUGGAGCGCUGUCGAAUUCUUUUGGAGGCUGCCAGGAUAAUAAGGGAACGGAAGGAUGAGAUCGCCACGGUGGAGACCAUCAACAAUGGCAAGUCCAUCUUCGAGGCCCGCUGGGACAUCGACACUUCGUGGCAGUGCCUGGAGUACUACGCUGGCUUGGCGGGCUCCAUGGCCGGCGAACAUAUCCAGCUCCCAGGCGGCUCCUUCGGUUAUACCAGAAGAGAACCGCUUGGUGUCUGUGUGGGAAUCGGUGCCUGGAAUUACCCCUUCCAGAUCGCCUGCUGGAAGUCUGCGCCUGCCUUAGCCUGUGGUAACGCCAUGGUCUUCAAGCCGUCUCCCUUCACGCCGGCGUCCGUGCUGCUGCUGGCCGAGAUCUACACGGAGGCCGGCGUGCCCCCGGGGCUCUUCAACGUCGUGCAGGGAGGGGCGGCCACGGGCCAGUAUCUGUGUCAGCACCCCGACGUGGCCAAGGUCUCCUUCACUGGGAGUGUGCCCACCGGCUCGAAGAUCAUGGAGACGGCAGCUAAGGGAGUCAAACCCGUUACCUUGGAACUGGGAGGCAAAUCGCCCCUGAUCAUCUUCUCGGAUUGUGACAUGGAGAACGCCGUGAAGGGGGCGCUGAUGGCCAACUUCCUCACGCAGGGCGAGGUUUGUUGUAAUGGCACAAGAGUAUUUGUGCAAAAGGAGAUUCUUGAUGAAUUUACAAGGGAAGUGGUGAAACGGACCGAGAAGAUAAAAAUCGGAGAUCCCCUUCUGGAAGAUACGAGGAUGGGUCCCCUCAUCAACCGCCCACACCUGCAGCGAGUCCUCGGGUUUGUUAAGCUGGCAAAGGAGCAGGGUGCUAAAGUGCUGUGUGGUGGAGACGUACACGUACCCGAAGAUCCCAAACUGAAGGACGGAUAUUACAUGAGACCUUGUGUACUGACUAACUGCAGAGAUGACAUGACCUGCGUGAAAGAGGAGAUCUUUGGACCAGUUAUGUCCAUUUUACCAUUUGACACCGAAGCUGAGGUCCUGGAAAGAGCCAAUGAUACCACUUUUGGCUUAGCAGCUGGGGUCUUUACCAGGGACAUCCAGCGCGCACACAGAGUGGCGGCCGAGCUGCAGGCCGGAAUGUGCUUCAUCAACAACUACAACGUCAGCCCCGUGGAGCUGCCCUUUGGAGGAUACAAAAAGUCAGCCAGCUACGUUCAAGUAUCCGAAAAGCAGGAGUGUUCAGGAGGAAGCAGGUUUCCAGCGUGGACCUCGGAAACUGGCACUGUGGCCAGAGAGGCCCAAGAGGGGAGAUGAGGAAAAGGUUAAGAGCAUCGGAAAGGUUAAGUAAUCUGCCCAAGGUCACACAGCCAUCACAGAGGAAGCCUGGACUCACACACAGUCAGAGCUGCUGGGCUCCAGAGUCUAUGCUUUCAACCCUCGCCCCUACUGCCUCUUAAUGAGAUUGGAGAUCAAGUCUGACCACAUCUGACUUCUUUUGGAACUUUUCUAUCUCCCCAAACUCUCUCCUGAGCAUGAACUAUAUUAAUAGGAACAGAGAGCUAAUAAUUAACUCCAAGUCUGUGACGGAUUAAAGCCUGAGAACUUUCUAGUUGGAAGAAAGAAAAAAACUUGGAAGAGGUCCAAAAACUAACUUAUUUUUAAAUUUCUUUUAAUGAGUGUCAGCACUGCAGUAUGACAAGAGGAAAAAUUCUAGGAAGGAAAAACUUCCUCCAGUCUUUCGGGUGUGCAGGUUUGCAAGGAGCAAAGCAACACAGAAAUUGGUAUUUCUUUUCCCAUCAUGACUUCCACACAACCUGUGCCUUAACUGGCAUUACACAGAACUGAAGGUCAUGGGGAAACUAAGCCCUGACUUCCACAAGAGGAAAACAAAAAUCUCAAAUGAGUCACAGUGACACCACUUGGAUUUUCCAUCCCAAGAAAUGUGGGCAGACCGUAGUUAAUUCUCAGCAGCUGCUGAGUCCUCACAAGGGUAUCGGACAUUCUGGAUAAAUGAACCACUGAGCUGCCUGAAACAGGGUUAGUCUCUUUAUGCCUGUCUGUACUUAGGAUGAAGCUGAGCCAAAAUCAUUCACGUUGCUUUGGAUGGGAAUUAAAAUACCACAAAUUAAGGGGAAAAAAAAAAAAAGAGUGAACUAAAGCACCGAAGUAUUAGAGAACUGAGUUCCAGUUAAUGAAUAGGUCAACGCUGGCAAGAACUCAGAGGGUCAACGGGGGGACUUACAAGCCCAAACGAUGAAAUCCUUAAAAGUAUUUGCAAAUGUUAUUUGGAAAGUACUGCAAUUUUCCCCAGCUCCUCAUUGAUGUUUUUCUCCUCACAAGGGUUAAGUAGGUAGGUAGACACUGGAAGAGAGGGUGAGGGAAACAGGAAUGCUUUUGUACACAGUAGUAUCCUAGAUCGUAACUGCUGAAUCCUCCUUUUUCAGGAGGACUGCAAACUCGUAAGUGGUAUUGAUGAAUUCAACUGCAGAAAGUGUAACAUUAUAUAGAUUCUUUUAAAAAAAAAAACACUGCAUAAAAAUACUA